UUCAUCUCUCUCUUUACCUGAUUCGUAUACUUCUCGACGGCCACCAAAAGAAAGACCUUUUUGUUCAUCAUCGUUUCUGAGCUCGCUGACUUCACGCCAUGGCCGCCGACGAAUUGAUGCCGUCUCACAGGUCACAUAGGACUCGCCAAGCAGGUCCUACCAUGAAGAAGAAAUCUGCAAUCGAUAAGAUGAAGCGUGGUAUCCCCAUUACCAAGCAGAAGAACCCUAAGGCGUUUGGUUAUAACUCGGCUGUCAAGGCGAAGAAAGCGCAAUCUCACGCUAUGGAGAAGGAACAAAGGCGACUUCAUGUCCCGACAAUUGAUCGUACUUAUAACGAACCUCCUCCUUUCGUCGUCGUUGUUCAAGGCCCCCCAGGAGUUGGAAAGUCUCUCGUGAUUAAGUCUCUUGUGAAGGAAUUCACCAAGCAGAAUGUACCGGAGGUUCUAGGACCUAUUACCAUUGUAGAAGGUAAACAUAAGCGGUAUCAAUUUGUGGAGUGCCCAAAUGAUAUCAAUGGGAUGGUGGAUUGUGCAAAGGUUGCUGAUCUAGCCAUGCUUGUGGUAGACGGGAGUUAUGGUUUUGAGAUGGAAACCUUUGAAUUCCUCAAUAUUAUGCAAAUGCAUGGAUUUCCUAGAGUUAUUGGUGUCCUCACACACCUUGAUAACUUCAAGGAUGCAAGCAAGCUGAGGAGAACAAAAAAGUCUCUCAAGGAUCGGUUUUGGACCGAAAUAUAUAAAGGAGCUAAAUUGUUCUAUUUAUCUGGUCUCAUUCAUGGGAAGUAUACACCGCGUGAAGUUCACAACCUUCGCCGCUUUGUAUCUGUUGUCAAGCCUCAGCCAAUAAAGUGGCGAACAUCACAUCCUUAUGUGUUGGCUGAUCGCAUGGAAGAUGUUACCUCUCCCGAGAAAGUUCAGAUGGAUAAAAAAUGCGAUAGAAAUAUCACAUUGUAUGGUUACCUACGUGGUUGUAACUUGAAAAAAGGGAUGAAGGUUCAUAUUGCCGGAGUUGGUGACUACAGUUUAGCUGGGGUGACUGCUUUAACUGAUCCUUGUCCUUUACCUUCAGCUGGCAAGCGAAAGGGGCUGAGGGACAGGGAUAAGCUUUUUUAUGCUCCUAUGUCCGGGAUUGGAGAUCUUGUGUAUGACAAAGAUGCUGUUUACAUCAACAUAAAUGAUCACCAAGUUCAGUACUCUAAAACUGAAGAUGGAAAUGGAGAACCUACUAAUAAAGGAAAGGGCAGAGAUGUUGGUGAAGAUUUGGUAAAGUCGUUGCAGAACACAAAGUAUUCUGUUGAUGAGAAACUGGAAAAGACAUUCAUCAACUUUUUUGGCAAAAAGACCAGUGCCAGCUCAGAAACAAAACUUAUGGCUGAAGAUGCGUAUCAAUCUUUACCGGAAGGUUCUGACAACGAGGAGUCUCAAGAUGAUGAGGAUGAUGAGGAUGAUGAGGUUGAUGAAAAGGAUGUAGAGGGUAGUGACAGUGAAAUAAAGCAGGUAACUGAGUUUCAUGGUGGAAGGUUGAGGAGGAAAGCUGUCUUCAUGGAGGGGAGUGAUGCAAAGGACUCAGAUGAAGAUGAUUUUGAGGAAGCUGACGAUGCUGAAUUGGACUUAGAUGAAUAUAACUCUGAGGAAGCAGACGAUGUUGAAUUGGACGAAAAUGAAGUUGAAGAUGGUGGAGAUGACUCUGCUUCUGAUUCGCCAGGGGAUUAUCAAAUAGAUGACUUUGGUAACAUAUCACAAUGGAAAGCACCCUUGAAGGAGAAUGCCAGAAAGAAGAACCCCAACUUGAUGGACAUUGUGUAUGGAGCAUCGGGAUCAUUAGCUACUCCCUUGAUAAAUGAGAACCAUGACACUAGUGAUGAUGAAGAAAGUGAUGAGGAAGAAUUCUUUAAGCCAAAAGGAGAACAAAGCAAGAUGAAGAUGAAGAUGCUGAAGUCGUUGAGCGUAGGCUAAAAAAGCUGGCUCGCCGAGCAAAGUUUGAUGCCGAAUGCAAUAAAUCCGAGUUUGAGGAGGAUGACAAUGAUAAAGGUGAUGGGAACAAUCCGCUUAGUCAAGCCAAGGAACCAGGAUUCUUUGAUAAAAUGAAGGAAGAGCUUGAAAUGACAAAACAGAGGAAUAAGGAAGAACUCGAUGAUCUUGACGAGGAGACUCGAAUUAAGUUAGAAGGAUUCCGGACUGGAACAUACUUGAGGCUGGAGAUUCACAAUGUUCCUUAUGAGAUGAUUGAAUUCUUUGAUCCUUGUCAUCCAAUUCUGGUUGGAGGUAUUGGUUACGGCGAGGACAAUGCUGGAUAUAUGCAAGACAUAGGUGGCAUAAGAAAGUACUAAAGACUAGAGAUCCUAUCAUUGUGUCGAUCGGAUGGAGACGCUAUCAGACUCUUCCCAUAUAUGCCAUUGAAGAUCCCAAUGGCAGACAUCGAAUGCUCAAGUAUACUCCAGAACACAUGCACUGCCUUGCUACGUUCUGGGGUCCUCUUGCUCCACCCGACACCGGUAUUGUCGCUUUCCAGAAUCUGUCAAAUAAUCAGGCAGGAUUUAGGAUAACAGCGACUUCUAUAGUUAUUGAGUAUAAUCACAAGGCCCGUAUUGUAAAGAAAAUCAAGCUUGUUGGGACUCCCUGCAAGAUCAAGAAAAAGACUGCAUUUAUCAAAGACAUGUUCACUUCUGACCUAGAAAUAGCUCGAUUUGAAGGUUCAUCUGUCCGGACAGUUAGUGGCAUUAGAGGACAAAUUAAAAAGGCUGGAAAAAAUAUGCUCGAUAACAAUGCUGAAGAAGGGAUUGCCAGGUGUACCUUUGAAGAUCAAAUCCGUAUGAGCGACAUGGUCUUCUUAAGGGCUUGGACAACAGUGGAAGUUCCACAAUUUUACAAUCCUCUAACGACAGCAUUGCAAUCCCGCGAUAAGACCUGGAAAGGAAUGAAAACUUUUGGAGAACUCCGUAGAGAGCUGAAUAUUCCUAUUCCGGUGAAUAAGGAUUCACUCUACAAGAAAAUCGAAAGAAAGCCAAAGAAAUUCAAUCCGUUAAAGAUUUCAAAGAGUCUACAAAGAGAUCUACCGUUUAAAUCGAAACCGAAAGAUAUACCGAGGCGGAAAAGACAGUCGCUAGAUGCGAGAAGAGCUGUUGUAAUGGAACCAGAAGAAAGAAAAGCUCAUAAAGCCAUCCAGCAAUUUAAGCUACUUGAACAGCACAAGAUGAAGAAGAAAAAAGCAACGAUGCAGAAGAAGAGGGAAGUGUAUGAAGCAGAGAAAGCUAAGAGUGAGGAAAUAAAUAAGAAACGGAGGAGAGAGGAGAGACGUGAGAGAUAUCGUGAGGAAGAUAAACAGAAGAAGAAGAGUAGAAGAAGCAAUGAUUAAUUUCUUUUGUUGCUCCAGACCUGAGAUUCCAACCAAGUCUGUGUGUAAUGAUGAUUAAAGUUUUGUUUUCAUGUUUUUUCACUGCCUGCCUGCUGUGUUGAUUUUUUUUUCUCAACUUCUGAAUUAUUAUUUAUCACAAUUUUCUCGAAAAAUCCCCAAAAUUUUGGAAAUUCUUUUGACGCUU